AUGGGCUGGCUGGUGGUGCUGGUGCUGGUGCUGGCUGUUGCAGCACUGGCCAGCCCUGACUCCACGGUUUUGGACCAGUCUGGAUGCUGGCUGAAUGUGCUGGAGCGGUAUGUGGCUAUCCUCGUGGUGCGCAUAAAUCCGUCGAACAAGGCACUGACUGCGACACGUUUGGCAUUCCCAUUGUUCCCCAGCUCAGACACUCCCCCGGUAUCUCUAGCCCCCCAGUCAAUUGAGCAGAUCCUGAAACCGGCGACUUUCCCGGGGCAAAUUGGUACUCUGAACCCGGCCACACUUCGCAUGAUGUAA